AUGCCCCUCUCAACCAUCCUCCGCAUCGCUCCCCGUCUUGCGCCAGCUGCGGCCCGCAGGACAAGCAGAGCCGUGUCGUCAGUUUCCGGGAACACUUCCACAGACCAGAAGUCCUUGGAUUCAAUUUUAAUAGCCAACCGUGGAGAAAUCGCACUACGUGUUGGGCGAACAGCUGCCGAACAUGGUAUCCGCGUGACAACCCUCUACACAGACCCAGAUAGCAGAUCACAACAUGCUUUGAGCUCUCCAUUUGCAUAUAACUUGGGACCGGUUUCGGCGUACCUCGAUGGGGAUCGGAUUAUCGAAAUAGCCAAGAAGGAAGGUUGCCGAGGCAUACAUCCCGGCUAUGGAUUUCUAAGUGAGAACUCUGCAUUUGCCCGGAAAUGUACGGAGGCUGGCCUCGUGUUCAUUGGCCCACCGUGGAAGGCGAUUGAAGAUAUGGGUGACAAGAGUCGUUCCAAAGAGAUUAUGCUUGCUGCAGGUGUACCCUGUGUUCCGGGAUAUCAUGGACAGAACCAAGAUCCGCAAUUUCUUGAACAAGAAGCCGAUAAGAUUACGUACCCUGUGCUUAUCAAAGCUAUCAAAGGUGGAGGCGGCAAGGGAAUGCGGAUCGCUAGUUCAAAGGCAGAGUUCCAAGCACAGCUUGAAUCUGCAAAGUCGGAGGCGAGGAAUUCCUUUGGUGAUGACCAGGUUCUUGUCGAGAAGUACAUCACCACACCUCGGCACAUUGAGGUCCAGGUCUUUGCGGAUAAGCAUGGAAACAGCGUUGCACUUGGCGAGAGAGACUGCAGUAUUCAAAGGAGACACCAGAAGAUUCUUGAGGAAUCACCCGCACCCCAUCUGCCUGAAACUACCCGAAAAGAUCUGUGGGCCAAGGCUAGAUCUGCUGCUUUGGCUGUCGGAUAUGAAGGCGCAGGAACAGUUGAGUUCAUCUUCGACAAUGACUCGGGUGAAUUCUACUUCAUGGAGAUGAAUACCCGUCUCCAGGUUGAGCACCCUGUGACCGAAAUGGUGACUGGUCAGGAUCUAGUUCACUGGCAGAUCAUGGUAGCUGAGGGGGCCCCGCUCCCUCUUACACAAGAGCAAGUCGAGGAGCAAAUCGCCAACAGAGGGCACGCCAUUGAAGCGCGCAUACAUGCCGAGAAUCCGAGCCAGGGCUUCAUCCCUGAUUCUGGAAAACUGCUUCACGUGAGAACCCCUGCUACGUCCGAAGACAUUCGGAUCGAUGCCGGCUUUGUCGAGGGCGAUGAAGUAUCAGCUCACUAUGACCCAAUGAUCUCCAAGUUGAUUGUCCGCGGCGAAACCCGUGAAGAAGCAAUCCGCAAGCUUGGAACAGCACUCGAAGAGUAUGAGAUCGCCGGCCCAGUGACAAAUAUCGAGUUCCUCAAGACGAUUUGUCGCAGCCCGGACUUUAUCUCAGGUGCUGUUGAAACUGGCUAUAUUGAGAAGCACCGCGAAGAACUUUUCCCACAGAAGACUAUCGAAGAUGAAGUGCUUGCGCAGGUCGCUCUAGCAUGCUUACACCGAGACACAAGCUAUGGACGUCAGGGAUCUCAUGGUCUAUCCGGAAAAGCGGUCGGCUUCACUCCAACUUAUCAGCAGCGACAGCUGUCGUUCGCCGAGUCUAUUGCCCCUGGGAAGGAAGGUCCUGGGCUUGAUGUCCGCAUUCAGCAAACAGCUGAUCGAUUCUUCAACGUGGAGGUGAACGGUCGAGUUUUCGAGCAGGUCGAGAGCCGCCUAGAUCCAGAUGAGAAUACCCUUAUUGCAUUCCAGCGGGGUCUGCAAUACCGCUUGGUCAUUCCACGAGCGACGUGGAUGGAGAAAGCACUAGGAGGCAAAGAUGUGGCGAACAGCGUCCUGGCACCGAUGCCUUGUAAGAUCCUUCGAGUGGAGGUGCAAGCAGGGGAUGUUGUAAAGAAGGAUCAGCCUCUCGUGGUCAUCGAGAGCAUGAAGAUGGAGACAGUGAUUCGCAGUCCUCAAGACGGAACGAUCGCGCAUGUGGUACAUCAGCAAGGUGACCAAUGCAAGAGCGGCACCCCACUGGUUGAGUUCGAAGAAACUGAAGGAUAA